GUAUGAUAAGUCGUUUCUCGUACCUAGAGACUCUCUCGCCUCCGUGCAACCAUCACUUUCUAAAUCUAGCCCUCCAUACAACCCUUUAUAUCUAACUUUCUAAAUCUAAACUUCCAGGGAAACGAGGACAGUUAAAUUCGGUUUUCGAAUUUUUGCUCUAAAACACCGACAAAAUGGGUCGCGUCCGAACCAAGACCGUCAAGCGCUCUGCGCGUGUCAUCGUCGAGAAGUACUUUAUUUGGAUUUAGAUUUUUCGAAUUUCGAUUGUGACGGAGUGGUCCAAUGAGCAUGCUCAUUCGUCCACGAGUGAGAGCUUAGUGAUUCUCUUUCCUUAAACAACCUGAAUUCACCUUUCUUUCUACACGAAACUCAAAGUAAGCGAGUUACUGACUGAAACAAGAGAGUCUUGACUACUACACUACUAGAAUACGCGAGAGAAACGCAGAGUCUUGACUACCUCUUCUUUCAGUCUCUCCCUUAUUUUCCCUAGUUACUCGCUUAUUUCAGUUUAUCGAAUGAAUUCAACUUCACACGAUCCAGGUACUACCAGAAGUUGACUCUGGACUUCCAGAUGAACAAGAAGAUUGCUGAGGAGGUCGCUAUCAUUCCGUCCAAGCGUAUGCGUAACAAGAUCGCUGGUUUCGCCACGCACUUGAUGAAGCGUACUUUUUUUAUUUGUGGAAAGAGAAUAAGUAAGAGGAUGUGAUAGAAGAACGAUCAUGAGCAUCGGUGACAUAUGUUUUGGGCUGGUGAGAUAAUCAAGAUACUUUGAUGAAUCUUGGAAAUUCAUUUGAUUUGAAUCUUCAUCCUGUCGUAGGCGAGUCCAUCUCUAGCAGUCGCGUGACAGUGAUGACAAGCUUUUCUUGAAGCCUCGUUCAUGCCUCCGAAGUAACCUCUUACGACCGAAACAUCCAUACAAAACUACCUUGCAAUUCCAUGCCCAAUCCAUAGGUCCACAUCCUGAGACUAAAUACAAAUCCCAAACUCAUUCCAAAACAGGCAUCCAGAAGGCUCCGGUCCGUGGUAUCUCCCUUAAGUUCCAAGAAGAGGAGCGUGAACGUCGUAUGGACUUCGUUCCGGAGAAGUCUGAGGUGGAUGUUGAGCGCAUCGUUGUCGAUCCGGACACUAAGGAAAUGUUGACCAAGCUCAACAUGGAGAACAUGACCAACAUCACCACUACCGCCAACGCUUACACUUCUGGAAACCCGCGACGAUUGUAAGUUAGUCUUCUGGUGUUAACGCUUACACUUCCGGAAACCCACGACGAUUGUAAGUGGGCUUUAGUCUUCCGGAGGAGAGGAGACGAGUUGUCGCGUUGUUCAACAUUCGAUGAUCGCUUCUGCGUAGACGGACAUACGGGGUGUGUUAUCGAUUUGUCGGCAAUGCGGCUUGAAGACGGUUGGCUAAGGACGGAAACGCGUAGUAAGUUGAACGGCAUGAGAUGGAAAAUACGGAUUGACUUGCGAACACUUUAAAGGUGAUCCAGAUAUAUCUUGUGCUUUUAGAUCGUGUCAGGCAACCACUGUUGAGCAGAAAGAAAGCC